AUGAGACCGGACUAUGCAGACGUUGCCCGGCCGCUGGUUGAUCUAACGCGCAAAGACGUCAGUUUCAAAUGGACAGAGCUUCACACGCAAGCAGUGCGACAGCUCAAACAGCGCUUAAUCGACUUCACUACCUUACAAGUCCCUGACACGACGAAACCCUUCGAGUUGUACACAGAUGCCUCUGGUUAUGCACUCGGAGCAGUUCUCGAACAAGACGGUAAACCCAUCGGCUUCCUCAGCCAAGCCAUGAGCCCCACGCAACAGAGAUAUUCGAUCUACGAUAAGGAACUCUUGGCGUUGGUCACGGCGCUGGACAAGUGA